GAACCAUCGGGAAGAGGUCCAGGUCGAUAGGAUUUGCCUUAGGCAGACGCAUAACGACAUUCAAGCCUCUUCUCACGCCGGGUUACGUACCCAUCUAACCUUAUUGUCGGAGUCGACGCCGAACCGACGAAUUAGCUAGACUUGAUAACGUGUAUACACAAUAGCGAAUACGAAACAGAGAUCCUCCAUCUGUUUGAGAACUUCAUUGCAUUCCGGAGACUCCGGUCUCACCUUAAUGCAAGCACAAGCACCAAUGCAGUUCUCAAACCAAAGUGCUGAAAGCCACAGGUCUGUGAGCCCAUCAAAUCUUCUAAGAUAGUGGCGUGUGGCUAUUUUAGUGCGCAUUUCCCUUCCCCUUGCUGCUUGCUCCAUGUGCCAUUCGACCUGCUUAGUGCGCCCCGGUGAAACAACGGCAUUGUGCGAAGCACCCAAGAUUUUCCGCUGUCACAGAUUGGGGCAGUAUUGCUAUGGCGACACAAGUCAUUGAAGGUCCGAGUCUUCUCUACGCUUUACAGCUUAUACACUCUAGCCCGGCGAAUGAAGAAUCCGUUCUAAUUGGUUGUCAUGUCAGGAGAACUCUUCCAACGGCUGUCGCGUCUAUGUGGCUGCCUGCCAGCGGUCCUGGAAUGGCAUCCAUGGGCCGGAUCUCUGCCGGUUCAACUUAAGAAAGAAGCUUCCACGUGAGUGGCGGGUAGACAAACAAGUCUGCUCCGCAAGAAUGGAUAAUUCAACCGCGCGAGGCCGAACUGCUCCACAAUGUUUUCAGGGACACGCAUAGGGCUCGUGGUUUUGCCCCUUUUAGCCGUAGACUAGACUAUCCGUCCCUAAAGCAUCACUUUGUCGGAGCUGACCUGCCUGAUUGUGGAGUGGAGUCAAGAUCGGAUCCAAGGUUCUGGAUGGCGCACAAUAUAUCUAGCAGUCUACAAACUUCGGACCUUGGAUCGUCACAACCUAGCAGCUUCAAGGUCUAGAACUUGCAGUGGAGAGCGAUGGUGGAGGGAACCGUAGGCCAGUGGUGCUCAGAGCCUUAUUUCGUAAUCGAUCAAGCUACAUAUUUAUGAAGUCGAAGAAGAACUACUGAGGCCAC